AUGGCCACGCUGGUCUUGGUGACUUUGGCGCAUGCUGCCAAUUUGGACACCAUAAUCCGUCUCUGCCAGUCCUUCUUAAUGGAAGAUGCAACAAAUAGAUUUGCCAUUGGUUCAAUGGUCUACAAAUUAGAGACUGGAGUCGAGUCGAAAAUAUCCAUCGACAAUCACAACAACCGUAUUUCGUCCCAGCUCCGUACUGGUCACGGUGGUCUUGACUCUGUGAUCGAAAUUGCCUGGCGCGGGCAGCAUGAUUCUACGGCACAUAUGCUGAAGUGUGUCGAGAAACUCAGUGCCAGACCAGUUGAACACCUUUUCUCAAAGGCAGAAUUAGCCGCGUGA